AUGACGGACUGUGAUCUUGACUCACUGCUCCUCGUACCCGAAGUAGUCCUGUUGGUGGUUGGUUCAGUGUCACCUCGCGAUUGUCACACUCGUCGUGUUAUGAGUAGCGUGACACCCAUCAUUGUCGACAACAUAACUGCACUCUGGACCGUCCCUGCGGCUAAACGCAGAAACCAGUUCCUGUCAGUCUUCAAUAUAUCAUCUACUGCCCCACAUCUGUCUGCUCCUAUUGACUACUGGCUACGAACUGCGUAUAAUCUAAUAGUCGCAAUCGUCCUGUGA